CUCUAACGUCGCUCACAGCCUGGCAAGCCUGUUCGCACCAUUGAUGUUUUUUCAUGUGGUCUCGGUUCUUCGGUUAAUUCUGUCUAUCCUAAAUCUAUCCUUAAGCUUGAAAGGGUCUCUUUGAUUGCAUUCCGGUGCUGGGAUCGCGCUUACGUGGAGUACUGGGAUUGGUAUCCGGUGUCUUCUCAAUGGGCGACUUGUUGUCUAAGAAGUUCAGACAUAGCGCCCCUUCUUCCCCCAAUCAUAGCCAGCCUUCAGUCAGCAUGGCCUCGCCCAAUAACACGGUUACCAUCUCGCCCAAAGGCCAGCACACCUCGACCUUCAUCUUCCUCCACGGCUUGGGCGACACCGGCCACGGGUGGGCGUCCACCUUGGGCGAAAUUCGACCCUCGCACAUGAAGAUUGUGUGCCCCACGGCCCCCACCAUGCCCGUGACUCUGAACUCGGGGUUCAUGAUGCCCGCCUGGUUUGAUUUGAAGAGCCUGGAUCCGGAAGGCCCCGAAGACGAAGCGGGUCUUAAAAAGUCCCGCGAUUUCGUGGACAGACUCAUCUCAGACGAGGUGGCUUGUGGCAUACCACCGGAGCGCAUUCUUUUGGGCGGGUUCUCGCAAGGCGGGGCAUUGGCGUUAUUCACGGGCGUUGCAUCCAAGACAAAAAUCGGCGGAAUCGUCGCCCUCUCGUGUUGGUUGCCCAUGAAUAAGUCGGCGGCCAGUUGGAUCAAGAACGUGGAUGUACCCGUGCUUCAAUGUCACGGGGACUGCGAUCCGGUGGUGCCCUUUAAGUGGGGUCAAAUGACUUCGGCCUUGAUGAAAAAGUUCUUUCGCUCGCACGAAUUCAAAACAUUCCAGGGUCUGGGACACUCGUCUUCGGCGGAUGAGCUCGAGACCAUCCAAAAAUUUGUCGAAACCAUCUUAAAAUGAUCUAGUCCUUCCUUCAACGACGUUUGGUUGUCGUCGGAUGUCGAAAAAAUCGGGGUGUCUGUAUGUAACUAUUAUUACUAUUAUUUUUGUACCCAAUUCAGAUUCGUAGCUUUCGACCACCGUUCACUGCGCACCAAGUUCUGUGCACGGGCCUAUUUUUGCAGUUGGAACUCAAUUCAAAGUUAACUGUCAUUCAGGGUUCAACAGACUCUUUAGGUAUUUGAUUUUGUCACAAAUGGGGACCUACUGGCUUCAGGACGAGUUUGUUCCCUUUGAUCACGCGACUCUCACAAAAUCAGAACUGGGUUUCCACAUUUACAUAGAUAGAAGCGCCCCAAUAAAAAUGUUCACGGCCGGCUCUGA